CGCCCCCAUUUUUUCAUAUUUUGUAUUUAAUAAACUCUUCUUUGCCAUUCAAUUUAUUAUUACAAUUAAUUAUUUUCCCUAUUUUCUUUUGCAAAAAGGAAAAAAACUAAUCAAAAUUAGUAGAAAGAUAGAGAUUUUUCAGAUUUUGGGGUAUUUUUCCAGCAUUGUGAAUUCAAUAAAGUGAGCAUGUCUUGUUGGAGUAAUUGGUAAAGUUGCUACCAUGUGUAAGGAGGUCACAGGUUCAAGCCUUGGAAACAGCCUCUGACAGAAAUGCAAGGCACAAAUGAUGGGUAGACAAGCGAUAACUGAUCCAGGAGGGGAAAUCAAAAUAAGUUUUGGGUAUCACUGUAAUAACAGCACAGAUGAUUCUGGCGAGGAUUCAGAUGGUGUUGACGUACGUCCUGGAAGUAAACUUCGAAGAAACAACAGUUCCUUCUCUUGUCUGUCUGGGGCAGCUCUAAGUGCCAACGCGACACUAGCUAACACAAAUAUUUGCAAUGGAUUGUUUGGGGCUGAGAUACUGCCAGCACUGGAUUCACCUACUUCAUUCCGCCGAAUACCCUCUUCUGCGUCGUUGUCAAAGUUGGAUUUAUUAUCAUCUUCUUUUCAGAGUGGCUUGUCAAACUUAAGUUGUAGUCCAUCCUCUCCGAGUGAGCUAGCUGAAGACAAUUCAUCUUCAUUGAGGUCCACGAGUGCUCCUUCUAGGUGUGAAAGCUUCCUUAAAGCAACGGAAGUUAAAGUUGCUGGUGGUGCAGCGGGUGAAGACAGAGUUCAGGCUGUUUGUUCAGAAGAGAAUGACUCGCUCUUCUGUGGGAUAUAUGAUGGAUUUAACGGAAGAGAUGCAGCUGAUUUUCUGGCCGGAACAUUGUACGAAACAAUUAGACAUUACCUCGGUUUAUUGGAACGGGAACUCGAGCGAGAGUGUAAAGUUGAAGUUAAAGAUACUCUAGGAAAUGUUAAUAACGGUUCAUACGUUAAUUGUGUUGCGAAAGGGCUUCCUUAUUUAGAGAUGGAAAAGUCGUGUACGUCUUUUAAGCAAAGGGUGCUUAAUAGCCUGGAACAGGCUCUUGUUCAAGCUGAAAACGAUUUCCUUCAUAUGGUUGAACAGGAAAUGGAUAAUCGCCCCGACUUAGUAUCGAUUGGAUCCUGUGUAUUAGUGGUGCUUCUACUCGGGAAGAACAUGUACGUGCUCAAUGCAGGAGAUAGUCGAGGUGUAUUGGCAACUUAUGCUGAAGGCGUUGGUGCUAAUAGUGAUGGAUGGUUGCAAGCUGUGCAGCUGACUGUUAGUCAUACUGUUGAUGAUGAAUCUGAAAGAAUUCAACUAUUGAAGAAUCAUCCUGAAGAUCCAUCACCGAUCGUGGGCGGUAAAGUCAAGGGAAAGCUAAAGGUUACUCGGGCACUUGGAGUCGGUUACUUGAAAAAGAAGAGUAUGAACGAUGCUUUAAUGGGAAUUCUUCGUGUCCGUAAUCUAAUAAGUCCUCCAUAUAUCUCUGUACAACCGUCUCUGACUGUACAUGAAGUAUCAAGUUCCGAUCACUUUGUUGUACUUGGAAGCGAUGGUCUAUUUGACUUCUUCAACAACGAUGAUGUUGUAAAGCUUGUCCGUUCUUAUAUUCAACGUUACCCUUUUGGCGAUCCAGCCAAAUUUCUUGUUGAGCGGCUUGUCAUGCGAGCAGCAGAUUGUGCAGGCCUUAGUAAGGAAGAGUUGAUGAGCGUACCAGCUGGGAGGAGGAGGAAAUAUCAUGACGAUGUGACAGUAAUCGUGAUCAUCCUCGGAAUGAACAAGCGCACCUCAAAAGCAUCGACCUGUCUCUGAGUUUUGUCAUUCUGAACAACAAUUUUGUCGACUUUACUUCACUAGUUUUCGUAUUUUGACCCUGAUAGAUCAUGAAACCGAGGUCCCGAAAAGAGAGGAGAGGGGGUUGUUAGCUUAUAUUAGUAUUAGAAUUUAAAAGUUUUAUGUUAUUCACCAUUUUUCUUGAUCUUGAGCCGGGGGUCUAUCAGAAACAACCUCUCUACUUUUUUGGAAGUAGCGGUAUGGAUUGCGUACAUUUUACCCUCCCCAGACCCCACUUGGUGGGAAUUCACUGGGUUUGUUGUUGUUGUUAUUCACCAUUUGAUGGAUUAGUUUGAACUUGUUCUAUGUAUAGUUUUGUUUUAUCAUUUCAUGAAUAAGAAAUGUUGGAUUUUCUUUGAGCA